CUCCGUACCUUUCUACACUUAGACCCCGGGGAGCUUGCUUCCUCGCCUCCACCGCCUCGUCGCAUACAGAAAAUCAAAAAGAUAAAUCGACCAGCCAUGGCUCCAGUAUUAGGCAAACGCAAAUCUAGAUCGCAAGCAAUCGACAGUGCGGCUGUCGAAGACGCGCAGGAAAUAUUCCGUCGACACUUUGAGGCCCAAUUCGCGCCCCUCGCCGGAGCAUCUCCAUCGCAAUCAAAAACCCAGCAAUGCGAUGAUGAGGACGAUGAGGACGACGAUGAUGAAGAGUCUGGAACUUCUGAGCUGGGCUCGGAUGGCGACGGGCCAGACGAAUGGGGUGGGCUCUCGGGGGAUUCGGAGGAGGAUGUCAGCGAGGACGACGACAUGAACGAUGAUCAAGAAGUCAACGUCGUGGAAGUUGUGGACUACUCGUCAAACGCGCCGAGCUUAGAUCCGACACUAUCAAUGUCAAAAAAGGAACUCAAAGCCUACAUGUCUUCCCGACCGCCAUCGCUGACAACCGACGGCAGCAAACCAAAGGAACCGCCCGCGAGGACUAAAAAGAAACCAGGAAGCGACCCCGAAGACUCGGCUGACCUGCUCGCAAACGAUCUCGCUCUCCAACGCCUCCUCUCCGAAUCCCACCUCCUGAAUCAGGCGGCCGGCAACCUCUCCUCCUCAUCGAUGCUGCUCUCCUCGGUAUCGGCUGCCAACCCGGCAGCAGCGAAAUCCUUCGCCGAGGGCCGCCUCCGCCGAAAGACGACGGACCUGCGCAUGCAAAACCUCGGCGCCAAGGAGUCCAGUUUCAAGCAGAAGAGCAUGCCCAUCGCGAUGCGCAAGGGCAUCGUCAAGGCCGGAGUCGACAAGGAGGCCCGGAGGAGGCGGGAGGCCAAGGAGUGCGGCGUCAUCCUAGAGACGGCCAAGAGCAGCGGCGACAGGAGGAGACCUGCGAGCAGCACCAACGGCAACAGGCGUAGCAAGGACGUCGGCCUUCCUGGUGUGGGAAGGAUGCGCGGAGCCGAGCUCAGGAUCAGCGCCAGGGACAUACGGGACGUGGAGGGGAGGAGGUCAACGGGUGGUGAGAAGCGGAGGAAGAGGAGGAGGUAAUUUUCGUCGUGCCCGACGUGGUGGAGAGUUCGUCGUGGGGACGACAGGGGCUCGUGAGAUGUACUGCUAUGAUUGCAUACAUGUGGUGGUUAUCAUCACGCCUUCAAACAUUCUAUACAUUUUGAAUCGAGCCGGCAAACGUUCAGAGAAAAAUACCAAUCGCAUGGCCCUGGGGUCAAAAUCCUCAGGGUUGUUGGCGCGCGCACGCCAGAGCGGAUUCGAUAGUCGAUUGGUCCUGGGCUCUGGUGGUAGGUAGUUGGGAUAUGUUGAGGCGAUGGCACAAACCAGUCAUUUCGGUUGCAAGUCUCGACAACGACCUGGUUUCUAGUUUCACCUGUAGAGUCUGGACUCUCAUGUACAAUCCACCUGGACGUCGAACGCAGAGACAUAACCUGGGGUUGAUUUGGGAUGUGGGCCAUCGGGUUCCCGCAACAUGCUAAAGGCGUCAUGUGGGGCUUCAUGAUAUUGUACAAAGUUCAAAAGCAUCAGCAGCAUCGUGGUUUUGGUUUUGAUCGUUCCCGAAUGGCGCCAGGCAGACCGAUCUUGCUGGUACCAAGGCUGGCUGAGCAACGGCCGUGUCCAUCAGCAUUUACACCAACGAAGACGGGGGCUUGAUGCCGAGGACAGUUUCUGCGUCCAGCCACGUGAAAAUACAAAAUUCUUACCCCCAUCGUUCGGCUUUCCAUGCCGGGAUAUACGGCCGGCCCCUCAGCCAAUAUAAAUAACAUCAAGGACUCCC